GGUAGGAAGCCCCUACCCCACCACGACUCUCAAUCACAAACAGGGUCACCUGAUCAAGAGAACACAGAGACCACAAAAACAACAACGCCAGAAAACGUAGAAGGGCAAGAAACAUCCCAUGGUCCAAAUCCUAAUACAGUUGACAGUUCACACAGCACUUCACCUAGAGAUGAUGCUCAGAAUAAUCAGGCUGAAAGUGAAACUAAUGUUGCUGCAAACCCUACAGAGGGUGAAUCAACCAGUAAUGAGGAAUCAACCACCACCACUACAACAACAACAACAACAACAACAACA